CCCACUUACUCUCUCUCUCUCUCUCUCUCUUCUCUCUACUUCUUAUUACGUUUUCUUUCCAGUCUUUAGGCUUUUAAUACUCUGUCAGUUCUGCUUUACGGCUAAAAACUCUGAUUUUACAGAAUUCUCCGCUUACCCAAUCGACAACGAAAAUGCAGAAAGAGCUCGUUUCUUCCGCUAAUGUCGAUCGCAUCGAAGCAUCCUCCGUCUCGCCAAUGCUAUUCGUACCACCUGAUCUCCGGAUACCUUCUCUUCCGUACCUGACCACUGGCCGCGAUUUCACCAGGUUAUCACCGCAGAUUUCCAACCCAAUGGUCAGCCAAUAUGCUGUAUCUCCCCCGAUCCAAUGCUCAGGCAAUACACCCAUCACACAGUCUUCUUCCCCAGUUUCAUUUGAAGAUGAAGAUCCUGUGGCCAUUGAGAACCGACUCUACCUCUCCCGACUCGCGCUACAAUAUCAGCAGAUCACCGACCGCUAUGCAUACUGCCUCUCUCAACUCCAAGACGCCAAGCUCGAGACGGAGAACAUUAGUAAGAAGAACACCGAGCUCCGUCGUGCCAAUGACGCGCUCUACCAGCGGUUGAGCCUCAACUCCGCGAAGCAUCAAUACAGGAGUCCGAUGACUAAUGACUACCCUCCAAUGUCGCUCCUGGAUGACCACUUCCGGCGCCUCUCUUUGACAGAACCGCCCGAUGAAGCAAGCCCAACGAGCGUGUUCGGGUUCCAGGACAAUCGACACGGUAGAAAAUUUCCUGCAGUCGAUGACAAGCGACUCACGCUGCCAAAGUGCAUCUCGAUCCGUUCUCCCGGGUAUCUCAAGAUUCACCAGACGGGAGGUAGCUGCUCUGAAUCCAACCGCAACAUCAGACACCGUCCCACCACCCCUGUGAUGCAACAGAAAGUGUGCUUGGGCGGGACUGAGAACAAAGAUGGAGGUGAAGCAGAGGAUGCCGUGGAACUAGACGUGUAUAACCAGGGAAUGUUCAAGACUGAGCUGUGUAAUAAGUGGCAAGAAAACGGUGAAUGCCCAUACGGCGAGCAUUGCCAGUUCGCACAUGGAAUCGGCGAGCUGCGACCAGUCAUCCGCCACCCGCGCUACAAGACCGAGCUCUGCCGCAUGAUCCUCGCCGGAGACACCUGUCCCUACGGCCACCGCUGCCACUUCCGCCACUCCAUCUCCCCGCACGACCGCCUUCUCCGUCGGACCUGACCCCUCGUGCUGCCGAUUCGUCCCUCUAUCCCACAAUAACGACAACAAUGGAAAGACAAAUUUCAAAUCAAUGUUACUCGAGCCAUAACAGAACCUAUGGUCACAGUUCCGGAUUAGUAUAUAUAUAUAUAUAUGAGAGAGAGAGAGAGA